ACACAAUGUGGAGUGGGAGCUAGAAGGAUCGAGCUAAGUAGCCAACAGGAGCCAAUGGAAGGAGUGGCGAAGUCGAUCAUGGCGCCAAUGGAGGUGGCUGGAGCAGGGGAAGAGGAGGCCAUGGCGGUGGCGGCGGGGAGGAGGGGCUGCAUCCGGUCGACGCGGGGCCCGUGGACGGUGCGGCGGCAGGCGCGGGGCGGCGCGGUGAAGACGUCGCUCCGGCACCCGACGCCGCGGGAGCGGGAGAACAACCGGCAGCGGGAGCGGCGCCGGCGGCAGGUGGCCACCAGGAUCUACGCUGGCCUGCGCGCCAACGCCGGGUACGCGCUGCCCAAGCACGCCGACCAGAACGACGUGCUCCGGGCGCUCUGCGCCGAGGCGGGCUACCUCGUCGACGACGAAGGCAACGUCACGCGGUGCCACGAGCGUUCUUCAGGCGCCGGCACCGGCGGCAGCUCCGACCAUCCGCAGCCGUCCUCGCACAGCGGGGCGACGGAGGCAACAGCGGGGGACAUCCACCAGCCGCUGCCGGAGGCGGAGCCGAAGCACAAGAUAUCACUCGAGCUCACCCUCUCCUUCACCUACAUGUAGCCACCUUUAGAUCGGACCAUCACCCUCUCCUCCACCUACAUGUCGUUGGAAUAUGCUCAGAGAGUAGCCAUGGAAAUGGAAGCGGCGGGGCCGAAGUGGGCUCCCAAUUACCGCGCCUGGCUCUCUCUUUGUCCAUUUUUUUUAUUUCAUUUAUGCUCACAGAGAAAGAGAGGGCCUUGCCGAUUUCCUCGCCGUCCACGGCGAUUCCGGUCUCCUCCUCCUCUUUUUUAAGCUUGAUUUCAGCUUCAGUGCCUUGUGGUUUCGGUUGGUUGUCCUCAUCUUCUCCCUUUCCCCAUGGGGAUUCUUCUAGAUCUGGUGGUUUCAUUCGAUUCCCUGGUGUUUGAUGUAGGUGUAUGUGUGGUCUUAGCGGUGGAUUUUCCUGGUAAUUAUGUUGCAGCUGUAGUGGUCGGUGCGUGGAUGUAGCGCUGGAUUCAGUUCCCCUGUCGAUUUACUAGCUGAUGGCCUGGAGGCUGGAGCCCUUGACUUGUGAUUUCUGAUUCUGCUGGCUUUUUUCCUAUA